UAUUAUUGUGAAAAAAUCUUCUGUUUAUUCGAUCCAAUUAUAUAUCAAAACAAUGGCUUACGGUGAGAUAUUAUUGAUAUGUGAUUGUUGCGGUUAAUCCUUUGUUUACCGUUUUGGGCAAUUCUGAUAUUCUGUUUGUGAGUUUAUAUUUUUGUUGUGAUGAACGUUACAAGUGUGUCUAACUACUACAACGCAUGACGAUGUUGUAACUCAUUGCAAGAAUAAUCUGGAGAUGGAGUUCUUCUCUGACUACGGCGACGCCACCAGAUUCAAAAUCCAAGAAAGAAUCGGAAAAGGCAGCUACGGAGUUGUUUGCUCGGCCGUUGACACUCUAACAGGUGAGAAAGUUGCCAUAAAGAAAAUACACGAUAUCUUCGAGCAUAUAUCCGAUGCUGCGAGGAUUCUCCGCGAGAUAAAGCUGCUCAGACUCCUAAGGCAUCCGGAUAUAGUUGAGAUCAAGCACAUCAUGCUUCCUCCUUCGAGAAGAGAGUUCAAAGAUAUAUACGUUGUGUUUGAGCUCAUGGAGUCUGAUCUUCAUCAAGUCAUUAAAGCCAAUGAUGAUUUGACAAGAGAGCAUUACCAGUUUUUCCUUUAUCAGUUAUUGCGUGCACUCAAGUACAUUCACACAGCUAAUGUUUACCAUCGAGAUCUGAAGCCAAAGAACAUAUUGGCAAAUGCAAACUGUAAACUUAAGAUUUGUGAUUUUGGGUUGGCAAGAGUUGCAUUCAAUGAUACUCCCACAACAAUCAUCUGGACAGACUAUGUUGCUACAAGAUGGUAUAGAGCUCCAGAGCUUUGUGGAUCUUUCUACUCAAAGUAUACACCAGCAAUUGACAUAUGGAGUAUAGGCUGCAUUUUUGCGGAAGUGUUGAUGGGAAAACCACUUUUCCCUGGAAAGAAUGUGGUUCACCAACUGGAUCUAAUGACUGAUCUGCUAGGAACACCUUCCCUGGACACCAUCUCCCGGGUAAGGAAUGAGAAGGCAAGGAGGUACUUAACAAGCAUGAGGAAAAAGCCACCCAUUCCUUUUACUCAGAAAUUUCCAAACGCAGAUCCUUUGUCUCUGAAGUUGCUUGAGAGGCUUCUUGCUUUUGAUCCCAAAGACCGUCCAACUGCUCAAGAGGCACUUGCUGAUCCAUAUUUCAAGGGAUUGGCGAAAGUGGAGAGGGAGCCUUCAUGUCAACCCAUCACUAAGAUGGAAUUUGAGUUCGAGAGAAGAAAAGUGACUAAAGAGGAUAUCAGAGAGCUAAUAUCCAGGGAGAUACUUGAGUACCAUCCUCAGCUGCUAAAAGAUCACAUGAACGGCGCUGAUAAAACUAACUUUCUCUAUCCAAGUGCUGUUGAUCAGUUCAGGAGACAGUUUGCGCAUCUUGAAGAAAACAGCGGGAAAACUGGCCCUGUGGCACCUCUAGAAAGGAAACAUGCCUCUCUUCCCAGAUCUACAGUUAUACACUCAACCGCAGUUGCAAGAGGUGGGCAACCAAAACUUAUGAAUAACACAAACACAUUGAACCCUGAAACUACUCAAAACAUUCCUCUUAAUCAAUACACAACAUCACAAGCACCUCAAAGAAACCUCUCAGGUACCAAACCAAUCACAUUCAUGGGCCCGGUGGCGCCUUAUGACAAUGGCAGAACCAGCAGAGAAGCAUAUGACCCGAGAUCAUUAAUCCGCAGCACUGCUCUUCCCUUUCCACAACAGUCUGCUGCAGCAACCGUGGGAAAGCAACAAGAGAGGAGAACAACAACCAUGGAGUCUGAGAAGCAGGCAAGACAGAUAUCUCAGUACAAUAGAUACUCUCCAGACGUCGCCAUCAACAUAGAUAACAACCCGUUUAUCUUGUCUCGAACCGGAUUGCACAAGGCUGAAAACAGGAGUGACCGGAUCAUAAUCGAUACAAAUCUUUUACAGGCGACCGCUGGAAUAGGAGUUGCAGCGGCUGCAGCUGCUCCUGGUGGUUCUGCUCACCGGAAAGUUGGAGCUGUUCGGUACGGCAUGUCAAACAUGUACUAAAGCGGGCCUUGUUCACACAGAACAUAGUAUGUUCCAACUUCUGCCAUUAAAGAAGGAAAUUUGCCUUCCACACAGCAAAAUUGUUUUGAUUUUUUUAUUAUAAAUGUUGAUCCAUUCAAUUUCUGACAGAUAAAUAAAUGGAUGUUAAAUAA